UCUUCUCUGUUUUUUUUUUGUCAAAUUAACCAAUACGACUGAUUUAAUAUAAUUUAACUCACAACACUUACCUAUCCCCUAUAUAUACACAACACAUCACACCACAAACCUUCAAACAAACCCAACUCACACCUCUCUUUGUUGCACCUUUUUUUGGUCAAAACAACACAAACAACAAAUUAACAAACCCUUGUUCUACUACUAUUACUACAACAACAUCCUCUGUCUACAACUCAAAAGCAAAAGAAAGUAAAAAAAUGGAUGGAAGCAGCAUCGAUGAAAGCACAACUAGUGAUUCCAUAUCCGUAUCCAUUGCCCCAUCAAAUAUUUCACCUUUGCCUCAGCUCACCAAAUCUCCUGACUCCCUCUACCGCGUUGGGAGUGGAACCAGCGUGAUUGUGGAUUCUGAAUCUGGGGUCGAAGCCGAAUCAAGAAAGCUCCCUUCUUCCAAGUACAAAGGUGUGGUUCCUCAACCCAACGGUCGAUGGGGUGCUCAGAUAUACGAGAAGCACCAACGUGUUUGGCUUGGCACUUUCAAUGAAGAAGAUGAGGCGGCCAAAGCCUAUGACAUAGCAGCUCAAAGGUUUAGGGGUCGUGAUGCUGUCACUAACUUCAAACACCUCCACGAAAUGGAGGAUGAUGACAUCCAAAUUGCCUUCCUCAAUUCGCAUUCCAAGGCUGAAAUCGUGGACAUGUUGCGUAAGCAUACCUACAAUGAUGAGCUUGAGCAGAGUCGGAGAAGCUAUGGUUUCGAUGGGAAUGGGAAACGUAUUGUCAGAAAGGAGGAUGGUUUUGGCACCUUAGGCUUUGAGCUCAAAGCACGUGAACAGCUCUUCGAGAAAGCUGUGACCCCAAGCGAUGUAGGGAAGUUGAACCGGCUUGUGAUACCUAAGCAACAUGCGGAGAAGUACUUCCCUUUGCAAAGCGGGAGUGCUUCUUCCAAAGGAGUUCUUUUGAACUUCGAAGAUGUGACCGGCAAAGUUUGGAGGUUUAGGUAUUCCUAUUGGAACAGUAGCCAGAGUUAUGUCCUAACAAAAGGGUGGAGCCGCUUUGUUAAGGAGAAGAAACUGAAAGCCGGUGACAUUGUUAGCUUCCAGAGAUCAACAGGGACGGAGAAGCAGCUGUACAUUGACUGGAAGGCAAGAACCGGGUUGGGUUCUGGUUUGGAGAACCCGGUUCAAAUGGUCAGGCUAUUUGGGGUCAACAUAUUUAAAAUGCCUGGCAGUGAAAAUGUUGGUCUAGCUGGUGGAUGUAAUGGGAAAAGGACUAGAGAAAUGGAGCUUUUAGAAUUAGAGUGCAGCAAGAAACAAAGGGUAAUUGAUGCUUUGUAACAUCACCUAAUUAAUUUCCCUCUUUUUUUC